AUGAUCUUCGCCUGCUGUGAUGUGCCGUCGGAUACGCCAGCUUUGCAUGAAGUCGAUACGGCGGAGCUCAAUACUGCUUCCGAAGACUUGGUCAAGCCUGCCCUUGAGCCAGAGCUGUCGCAAGGAGGUCUUUCCCACGACACGGCAGACACCACGGCGACAGAAGGCCUUCAACACGGCGCAGGAGAAGCAGUGCCUGGUGAAGGGCAUAAAGACCAAAAGCAAGGUUGUCCUGUAGAUCACAGCGACGACAAGAGAGGCCAUCGCGGCCAUGGCCCGAAUGCCACUGAAGGAAUUCACUUAGCCUUCGCCCGGCCGGACGGAACCAUGGCAGAAGUAACUCUGAGGUCAAAGCCGUUGCGCAUGCGUUUUUCCCAUUCUAGCCCGCUAACAGUGACGCAGGUGAGUGAAGAUCUCUCUGCAUUCACAGCCAUCCAGGCUGGCAAUGUUCUGACGUAUGUGAACGGGCGGGCUGUGGAUGGGCAGUGGAAGUGCGCAAUGUCCCAGCUCAGAGAUGCCCUUCACGACCUCCCAGAGGGAGCAAGAAGUAUGGAAGAGCACGAAGAGGAAGAAGAAGUCAGCGAAAGCCUACGCCAGUUUUAUUAUGCGACAUCACCAAAGGUGAUCAUCGGGGAAUACCCGACACGGACUGGAACACGAUGCGCCUGCAGCUGCCCUGACCAGGGCCACAGUGCGAUGUGUUCGUUUGCGCUGGUUCCAUCUCGUGACAAAGCAUCGACAAGUAUCACAGGAGGACUCAUGACGAAGCCCUUAAUCAUGCGGCCUGCAGACUUCUUUUGCCUUCCCGCGAGCCUUGCCGGAAGGCCUCUUUGGACGAGCCUCCGAGUGCGGCCUUUCGAUUCGCACUGCUUCACCCCCUCUCUGGGCGAAGGUGCGUCUCAGAAUCCGGUUUGGCUAGCCGUGCCGGUGGCACUGAUCAUCGCAAGCGGCUUGUGCAAGGAGUCCGGCUUCACACUGUUCGCAAUUCCUUUCUUGAUGGAGCUGCUGGACUUCCUGACAGCACAGGUCGCAGACCAGUUCCAGCAAUCAGUUGCCGGCAACGCGGGAAAGAGUAAAGAGCGCGAUGCUGGGCAGGCCCUAGCACGUCAUCACAAAGAGCGUAUGGGACGACGCCGGGAUCCUGUCCCGUCCCUGCGUAGACGCACACAGACUCCACAGUCCGCUGGCCUCGCGUUUUCCAUGGUUUCGAUGAAGCCAGUUGCAGGUUCCCGUGCAAAGCACAGCUCAGGUAUCAUUCGGCGCUUGAGGCUACGGGUGGGACUACUGCUGGCCAGCGCCAUCUGUGUCUUCGUCGCCCGCUAUCGCCACACUGGGGGAACCAAGCUGAACAUGUCGCCACAAGACAACCCCAUCAGCUUUGAGUCGGAGUGGAAGGCCAGAGUGCUGUCCUACUCUUUUCUGCAUGGCGUGUACAUGCGGCUGCUGGUCUGGCCACAGUAUCUGUGCUACGACUACUCCAUGGACGCCAUUCCGAUUGUGCGGGAGAUGACCGAUUGCCGAAUGCUCCUGCCAUUGGCCGCCUAUGUGGGUGCCAUCGGAACUGUCAGCUUCGUCAUGCAGCUUCCGGCCCGGCAUAGACGCGCUGGUCUCAUCGCGCUCGCUUUGCUGGUGGUUUCCUACCUCCCAGCGAGCAACAUCCUCUUUCCAGUAGGUACGGUUGUAGGAGAGCGCCUGCUGUAUGUGCCAUCUGCUGGCUACUGCCUUGCUGUCAUCGUGGUGCUACACUCUUACCUUCAGGGUGCUCAGAGUAGACCGUGGGUGCUGCCGCGACGCCCAGAGCAGAACGGCACUCGGCACAUCAGUCGUGCCGGUGCGCCUCAGAUCCCUGGGCAGCAGAUCCACAGCUGGGGUGUCGGCAGUGGCCGCGCCGAGGCUUCUACGAUCUUGAAGCAAAGAUAUCACAAUAUUGAGGUUUUGGAGUGCAGGUUUCGGCCACUUAGCGCAAUGAAGUUGUAG